GGGUGGCUCUUGUGGUUGGAGAAGGGAAUGAAUACUUUGACAUCCUAACAGUCACUUGAAUUGUCCACCCUUUCUCCCUGCAGAGAAUGCACAGGAAUCACUGCUAAUGCCACAAGGUGAUGGAAAUUCAGCAACCACAUUAUCAGUUCUACCCAUUACCGUCUCAACUCAGCUGUCUGCCGUGACUGCGGCACGUUCAACAUCACCAGCACACUCAACUUCCACUGUCCCAGAAGACAUUAAUCGCCCAACCACAUCAUUAGUUCUACCUGUGGUCGACGCCUUGUCUUCCAGCCGCCGAGCCAAUGCUCCUUGGCCCAGCCUAUCAGAAGACUGGGCCGUGGUGAGGCUGGUAAAUGGCACCAGAAGAUGCUCUGGAAGGGUGGAAGUCUUCUACCACGGCACCUGGGGGUCGGUGUGUGAUGACGGCUGGGGUCUAAAGGAGGCUCAUGUUGUGUGCAGGCAGCUUGGGUGCGGCCAGGCAGUGUCUGCCCCCCUGGGUGCCCACUUUGGCCCAGGCUCUGGAAAGAUUCUCCUGGAUAACGUGCACUGCAGUGGUGAGGAGAGCCACCUGGCCCUGUGUGCCCACGAUACCUGGUUCACUCACAACUGUGGGCAUGAGGAGGAUGCUGGAGCCAUCUGCUCAGGUUCUCUGACGACAAGCCCCUCCCCUCCAGGUAAGACUGACUUGGCCGUUUCUGUAUCCUAUUCUUAGUUCUAGUUCUGGCUGGCUAAUAUUUACCUGGGUGUUAGAAGUGGAAUGGACAUGACCCUGUUAAAUCAAGCUGUAAGCAGUUUCCAGAAGUUGGUUUGAUUGGUCCCUAUCACUUAAAGCCUCAAAGGUUUUCCCAGUCUAUAGUUCAACUCCACCAUAACACAGGGAACCCAGAAUAUAGGCAUGUGGGGCUGACCUUGCUCUUGUGCAAUCAGGUUCUUCUCUAGGAAACCCACUAAUCUUGGCCAGAAUGACCUCUCUUCUGGGAAGCUGCUUGAGGGUAGAUCCCAGGCACCAUUUAGCUUGGCGGAGAGCUGAACAGUGAAGAGCAAUAUUAGCAAAGAGGGAAUUCAGAAAUUAGCUAAAUACCCAAUCAGCCAGGUGCCAGAAUCUUCCUAAAUCAGAAUGAAAUUACCAGGCAGCCACAGGCAAGACAGGAUACUUAUGGGGCCAUUGGAUAACUGGAAAGGUCACUGAUUUGGGGAUAGUUGUCUAUGACUAUGCCCAUCAGUCAUCACAAACCACUUAUUUGAGAGAAAAUUGCCAUUCACUUUCCAGAAUAAUUAGAUCAGAAAAUCAUCCCUCUGGAGUCUGUGGGGCCUGAUCCUUUGUAACAGGUGAAGACAUCACAUCAGUUGAAAAUUUAUGCUUAUGUGCUUUUGGAGUACCUCUGCCAU